AUGUACCUGCCGGAGCCGAGCGGGGAGAAACCCGGCGGGAGGGGGCGCUCGCCUCUGCCUCUGACCCACCUCCACGCGGUGAGGAAGAACCCGCCGGAGAAGCCCUGGAGGAAGCCCGCGGGCCCCGGGGCGUCGCCCAGAGUCUAUCGGGUGCAACCCUGGGGCUUCCGCGAGCUGGUGCAGAGUCUCACCGGCGCCACCGCCCCCCGGAGUCAGAGGGGAGCGGCGCCGCCGCAGCCGCCGCCGGCGUGGCCAGACGGACCGGCAUGGGGAGGCGCCCACGGCGUGGACGUGAGCGUUCGUGUUGCCCCCUGUCCGCCGCGGGAGGCGGCGCCGCCGUCGGCUGCCGGUGGCGUCCCAGCGAGCAACUCCACGGGGAUCCCCUCGGCGUCGGACUACUCGUCCUACCUAGCGCGGUGCAGCCUGCCGGCCCUGAGCCCCAGAUCGACGACUUGCAUGGAAUAA